AAAUGUGAAACGCAAUCCUAGCCCCUUGUCACAAACAGCAGUUAUUUUAAAACUUCAAACUCCGCCACCUCGAGACGACCAUGGCAGGAGUAACGACGCUAAGAUCGACCAAACCCAACUGACGGAUCUCUUCUUUAAUUUAGGAAUACAACUACAACGAUCACCCGCCUCCUCGCGCUGAGUCUCCUCCAGGUUCAGUUGUUUGUUGUUCUCCUCCUGGUCGCGCGUCUCCAAUGUCUAUACCGGUAGUUCUCCCCGGAUCGUGUUACCCUGUAACUAGGGUUUCUUUGGGUUCUCAGUUGGCAGACUUGUCGUUCAGGAGCCGGCCGCCCCGCUGUAUAUCUAGCUCUCGCAUGCCUGGUUCUCAGUCGCAGCUGCUACCAGCGCUUCUCCCCGGCCGCACACUGCUCUCCCUCGGAUUACUGCAGCUGGUUCUCGGCUGCUCCAUGGUCGCGCUCUCCUUCUCAGCUCUCUCCCUCAGCAGCUCGCCACCAAUCCGAAACUCAUGCCCUUUCUGGGUCGGAUCUUCAGUGAUCCUGUCAGGGAUUGUUGGCCUCACAACAUGGAGGAGACCCAUGCUGCUGCUGAUGAAUAUGUUUGUGCUGUCGUCAGUGGUGUGUGUUCUUCUCAACCUGGCCAGCUUCAUCCUCUGCUGUCAAGGAGCUCAGAUGGUCUCCACCAUAACCAACUGUCAACUGAGUGAGGUGGGAGAUGUGUGUAACUGCUGUCCUCAGACCCCCACUGCCAAGUGUCCUGAGGAAACACUACUCAAACUCUACCCUGGACACUCCUGUAGUACCAUGAGGGUCCUGCUCAAGAAGGUUCUGUUGGCGCUAUGUGCUCUGAAUGCUCUGACCACUGCAGUGUGUCUGGUGGCUGCUGCCCUCCGAUACCUACAGGUCUUCACCACCAGAAGACCAUGUAUGGAUGAUCCCAGGCCAAAUGCAGAGGAGAUGGAGGAGCCAACUAUUAUCCCUGACCCGGAUGACUUUGUCCCCCCUGCCCCUCCCCCCUCUUACUUUUCAACCUUCUACUCCUACACACCACGGCUGGCUCGCAGGAUGUUUGGGGACAGUGUGAUACCACUACCUCAUAUCUAUGGUGCCAGGAUUAAAGGAGUAGAGGUGUUCAGUCCUUUAGACCCACCCCCUCCCUACGAAGCUGUUACUGGAGGCUCCGCCCUGGCCACUGCAACACAGGAGACAGAGAUUCAGAUUCCCGUGACGGAUCUGACAGAGUUGACAGAAGAGUUGAAUAACAGCUCAGAGGCGGGUACUUCAGUUAGAGACGUUGGUCCCCAGACGACGGUUGUUGCAGUGCCCACGUCUCCGCCGUCUUACCCCUCUCCCCCAUCACCCCCCCUGCUCCAGGCCAGACCCCCCCAGGGUGCCCCGGUGCCCCCCGUCAGGAGGUCUCAGCGCCAGAGGAUCAUGCGCUCCUACAGUGACCCUGUACUAUUGGACCUGGCUGCCAAAGUAUUAAGUUGUGAGGCGGCCACGCAGACCACCCAGACUUCCACCCAGACUUCCCAGUCCGCUCUGGCCGCCCAGUCCUCUCGGACCCAGACAGUGACCCUCCGGCAGGGAGGUAGAGGCUCUCGGCGGCCCCGGCCCUCCUCCAUGGUGGACUACCAGAGCUACAGACACACCCAGCAACUGGUCAGUAGGUUCCUGGAGCAGCCGGCCCACUGCAGCCUGACCCCCGAGGUCCAGGAACUGGUGGACAGCAUCCGCAGCGUGCUUCGCUCUGACCAGAAACAAAUGGAGGAGGCCGUACGCUGUGCCAGCUACAUAGAACAGGUGAUCACAGUAUCAGAAAGAGCAGCUGUCCUCCAGCCCUUCUCCCUCCCCAGGCCCCGCUCCAGACCCAGUGCCCCCCUGUUGAACUGUUCCUCCCAGACCCUGCCCCAGCCCCUCCGGAAGAGACCCGGGCUGCUGCACCUCGGGAGCUGUGGGGACCUCAGCACCUUCACCUGGGCGGAACAGCAGCCGCUAGAGGACAGGCAGGGUGGUGGCUCUGGCUCCAGGUCCUGGUCUAGAGCGGGUUCUAGGGUUGGUUCUAGGUCAACGUCACGGGCGGGGUCACUCCUGGAUCACCACGAGCGCCCCCACAGUCUCAUAGGGGUGUUCAGGGAAACUGUGCUCUGAUGGAACUCUGUUAUCCCAUCUCAAAACCUCCCUAGCGAAGACAUAAUGGUAUGGUCCACUGGGGGAAAACAGCCCAUUGACUCCAAGUGAAGUGCUCCUACUAGUGGUGAGGUUUGGGACUGCCACUGCUAAAGCUAGUGGAGAAAAGUCCCACAGACUGCAAGGAUUAGCCUUUGGAAAGGCUGCAUGGGAGUGUGUGGUUGUGUAUGAGAGUGUCUGUAUGUGUUUUUUUUUAUUUGUGCUGUGCUAAUAUUGUUGAAGUUUACCGGUAUAUGUUCAGUACAGAUGUUGUUUGCAUCGUCAGAGAAUAUUUCCCAUUAACUAUUCUUUGCUACAACCUGUUCUGAAAUGAUUGGCACUGAACAUAUGGCUAGACAGCAGGCAUGUGCACAGAUAGGAGUGUACCUGUGUCAAGCACCUGUCCCUUUGCCCUCCCACUCGCCAAGUCCCAUUUUGGGUGGCGGUAUACUUGUUUUUUUGUAUACAGUUUUUGAUGAUGUUGUUCUGAACCCACUGCCCGCAGGUCAUCGUUAAGUUCGCCACCCCCACCCCAUCUGUUGAUUGCGCAUGUUGGUCUGCCUUGUACAGAGCUUGGGCACGCCCGGGUUGUGCCUGUUUCCCAGUCUGCCCUGCCACUUGAUUUACAUAAUCAUCAGUACUCGGUCUGGUUGGCUGAUACAUGCAGUAGCAACACAGGUAGUCUGUAGCUAACCACCAUAUACUAAGAUAUCCACACAUGUCACUAGCCAGCCAUAUACUGUAUCAUGAGCUAGACGAUUGUGAAUAUUCUGUUAUGACGUUAUUUCAUAAUUUAAGAGCAUUUAUUGAUCACAAUCAGUAAAGAAUAAAUCAUACUAGCAAACUAGCAGUUUAACAAUGAUCAGCUGUAUCCUCACCCUAUUUUCCCGUAGUCAAUCAUGUAUUUUUCUGAUGAGUGUGUUGUUGCAGAAAUAAAUAGACUUAUGCAACAAACAAAAAUAGUUAGAAUGAAUUUCGAGAUAGAAAUUACGAAAGUAAUAUUUUUUCUUCAGUCUGUGCACGACCCUGCUAGACAGCAAUUUUGCACUGAACAAUAAGAGCUAGAUUCAAUCCAAUCGCCCCUUUUCGGCUAUGCAUCUUUCAAAGGAAAUGUUUCCACAUUUGCGGUAAACGCUAGAUAUGUCUCCUCAAUUGAAGAUUACCUUCAAAUGUCAAUCGCGCUUGAAUUUAGGCCUAACUUGAAGGAGAACUGCAUGUGAGAGUCUAUGGAAGGAAGAGUCUCUCUCUACACUUCACUAUCUACCCAGGAAAAUUCAGUUCUACCCCUGCUGCCUGUAAUGUUCCAAAUCAUGUACAUUUGAAAUGUUCAAUAUGAAUUAAACUGGUCAUGCAAUGCAAGGGUGUUUAGUCUUGGGAUGCUACAUUUAGCUUCAAUUCAUUAAAUCAAACUGCAUCAUUUAGACUGGGAUUCAACCCAAUGCGCAUUAUAGAGCAGUGCACUGGACAGCGACAAUGUGCAUUUUAAAGGCAAUGUCCCUAACGUUAGCUGAGAUGCCAUUCAUGGUAAAUGCUGCGGAUGUUCCCAAGCUUAAUUACCUUUAAAAAGGCACAUUGUCGGCUGUCCAGUGCAUUCCUCUAUAACACGCCUUGGAUUGAAUCCUGGCCUUUAAAGGCAACAGAAAGUGGUCUGUGUGGUCCAGUGGUUACAGCCGCUGACCCCGGCACACAUGUAUGCCAGUCGGCAUGGGUUCGAAUCGGGCCCACUGCCCUUUGACUCACUCUUCCACGCUGUAGUACCUCUUCAAUAAAGCAACAAAAAAAACAAAAGGAGUGGGACCGCCGCACUCCUUAAAAAAGAAAGUGA